AUGAAGGUAUGCAAUCGCGGAGUGCAAAUGCUGGUCACAACGGCAGGGGCAUUCGCAGCCUUCAGCCUCAUGACCAUUGCUGUGGGAACGGACUAUUGGCUCUACUCACCUGGGGUUUGUCGGACCAAGGGUUCCGGCGACAACGACACGAGCCGGAAGAACGAGGAGGUGCUCACUCAUUCCGGCCUUUGGCGGCAGUGCUGUAUGGAAGGCAUGUUUACAGGUGUUUGUAAAAACAUCGAUCACUUCCCAGAAGACGCCGACUAUGAACAGGAUGCGGCAGAGUACCUGCUCCGGGCUGUCCGUGCGUCCAGCCUCUUUCCCAUCAUGAGCGUGGGGCUGCUGUUCAUUGGCGGUGUGUGCGUAGCUGCCAGCGAAUUCUACAAGAGCCGCCACAACGUCAUCCUAAGCGCAGGGAUUUUUUUCGUCUCAGCUGGCCUCAGCAACAUAAUCGGCAUUAUCGUGUACAUCUCGUCCAACGCAGGCGACCCCAACCAGAGCGAGUCCAAGCGGAGCCACUGGUACGGCUGGAGCUUCUACUGUGGUGCGCUUUCUUUCAUCAUUGCUGAGACGGUGGGCGUUCUCACUGUACACCUCUUCAUCGACACGCACCGUGCCCUGCGUGCACGCUCCCACCGCCCGCUCCAGUCCCGCUCCCGCCAGUCCUCGUUGCAGCGCCGCUCCUCCAUGGGGUCCUUCCGCUCCCGUUCACGAGACCUGGCACUCUACCCACUGGCAGCCACUCCUCCAGUGCUCACGCGCAAUUCUCUCGUAUAUGGCCGUGGCAGCUUCGCACGCUUCCACCAUGUGGCUGUCACAGACGAGGGCCUGGCCUUGGGUGGUGUGGGUGCACGUGCUCUCCUACCCCAGAGCGCUGUUGCGCCGCUGGACAACGGUCUUCCUCCCACGCUGCUCGUGGCCACCCACAUGCAGAGCCCCGUGCAGGCAGAUGCUGGCCCUGACCAUUGCAAGCAGAACUCGAGCUGCCCGGUUGGUCAGAGCCCGCCAGAGUCAGUGAAGGAGCAUGCACUCUCACCUCCAAGCAGUGCAGCCACGAGGAGAACCACACCAGUGUGA